AUGAUAGACGCCACAGACAGCCAAUCUAUUGUUAUGAUAAACAGAAUUGCUAGUAAACUGGCCCCCUACACCGCUAUCGCAGUACUUCUGGGAUGGAUUGUAGGCAGAUUUAAAGCUAAACAAUCUCCAUACGGACUAGACUACGAUCAAAUCUUAUACCACCUUACCGCUCGACAAACUUACUUCCAUAUAAGGCAUACCGCCGACACAGACAGUGAAACCAGAUUACAUAAGCACAUCGAGUAUAAAAAGGCAUUGAAGGGGUUUACACUUACGGCAAUAAGCGCUAGCCUGACAAGAACCUCUACCGAUCCUACCGUAAACAAUUAUAAGGGCAAAUGGUUAGGAUUAAGGCGGUAA